AUGGGUCCUAGUGCCAUUUUCAAUCACCUCCACACUAUGAUGUGGCUUAGCGGUGCGAAUGACCAACGAGAGCGGCUCUCGCGCCCGUUGAGAGAUCUGCGAGAUCGUGCCUUCAUUAGACCAAACUUCAAAGGUGAAACCAACCUUCAGAUGCUGGAACAAACGCACUUUGACGCCAUUGUUCUGGGUACUGGUCUAUCAGAGUCCAUUAUUGCCAGUUCGCUAGCACGAGCUGGUAAAACAGUUUUGCACCUCGACCGCAACAUAUUCUACGGGGACCAUUUUGCAUGUUUUGAUUUAAAGACCUUUUUGAGGGUUUUGUGUGUAGAGCGAGAUGAGACGAACCCUUUUAAUGCGGCGUACGGUGAUGUGGAGGUCGUGCUGCGAAGUGGGUCAAAAGAGGAGGUCGAGAGACUUGCGGGUAUUCAAAAGAGAGAAAACACUGCAAAUGAGGAACCAGCGACGUCUGAGGUAGCUCAGGACUUGCCCACUGACGACGGAGCAGUGGAAACCAAUGGCCCAAUACAAACGCCAACACCCAACUCAAUCUCUACUAUCCUCGAUUUUCUCAAGCAAAAUGCCAACCUCGUCCCCGUCUUCAAAUCCCUCUUGGCUGAUCCCGAUCCCUCCGUCACUAUCGCAUCACUCGACCCAUCCGACCCUCUCCUCCCAAAGUACACCAUCCUUGCCCACCUUCUAACCCAAUCCCGGCAAUUUAACAUUGAUCUAGCACCCAAACUCCUAUACAACCGGGGGCCUUUGGUGGAAUUGUUGAUAUCGUCGGGGGUGGGCAAGUAUUUGGAAUUUAAGGCUUUGGAGAGCGUGUAUCUUUCGUGGCAGGGGAAAUGUGAGCUGGUACCUGGCUCAAAAGAGGACGUGUUUUCGAAUCAGAGCGUCAGUUUGGUGGACAAACGGCGGCUAAUGAAGUUUCUCACUUUUGCGGUGGAGUAUGAAGCACAGCCGGAGAUUUAUCAAGACUUUGCAACGCGGCCGUUCAUUGAUUUCCUACGUGAUCAGAAGCUGAGUCCUCGCUUGAUAUCGUUCAUCCUGCAUGCAAUUGCAUUUGCAGUGGACCGGGCUGACUCAGAGACCAUCACUACGGUCCAAGGACUUGCCCUCACGCAACGUCACUUGCAAUCCCUAGGAAGAUGGGGUAAGACAGCAUUUUUGGUUGCGCUGUAUGGAGCCGGGAGUGAGCUCUCGCAGGCUUUCUGUAGAUUUUGCGCAGUGUAUGGAGGGAUCUAUAUCUUGAAUUUCCCAAUAUCAACAAUUUCCAUAUCUGAGGAUCCCGACCGGCGGUUCAAGGUGGUUGGGAGUGAUGGGGGAGAGUACACCUCGUCCUGGCUGGUGACUUCAUCAAAUUAUGUUGGCAACUUACCGCAGGGGAUGAACGUCGACAUGAAGAGUACUCGUGUCUUGCGUGCCAUGGCCAUCUUGGAUAAACCAAUUCAUGAGGAUACCAAUCUGACUGUAACCGUCUUUCCACCUGACUCAAAUAGCAACACACAAGGCAUCAUCGCAAUCCAGCAGAGUUGGGACGUGAGCGCAUGUCCAAAAGAAUAUUACAUUCUCCAUCUCCAUUCCCCGAGCCCACAAGCCACCCACCAAGAUUUCAAGGCCAUUCUCUCAUCUCUAUCCUUGGACCCCCUAAUAACAGUCUUUUAUUCUCAAACAGUCCAAGUUCCCUCUACGAUGUGGGUAGCGGAUCAUCUGGCGUUUGUUGGAUCGAAUGUGGUGGAUGUGGAUUUCGAGAGUGCUGUGCUGGAUGCUAAGGCAGUCUUUGAAAGAAUCGUGCCUGACGAGGAAAUUUUUGGGGGUGUCGUUGCAGAGGAGGACGGAGAGUAAGGCAGUACGCUAAUGGUGCUCAUUAUCCAUGCAACUAUUUUCCUCGAUCGUAUCUUCCCAAUUCAUAAAAUUCACAGCACACCUCCACGACACAAAUUCCCAUCCACCCCAUGACCAACCCGCUACACGUUUGUAUUUUGUGUAUGGUUUCCGACGCCUCUGUAUCGGGUCUUCCUGUAUAUAGCGAGUCUUCGUAGGCUUGAUUAAGCUCGUCGAGGGGGAUGUGGAGAAGCGUGAGGAGGAGGGCAAGGAGGAGAAUCUGAUACCAUAAAAAAUAAAUCCCAUGUAUACAGAUAGACAAUGUUGCACUGAAGCUUACCUUGA